CUAGUAAGAGACACAUAGUUUCACCUGGAGCUCUAGUACCAGACACAUAUUAUCACCUGGUGCUUUAGUAACAGACACAUUGUAUCACCUGGAACUCUAGUAACAGACGCAUAGUAUCACCUGGAGCUCUUGCCACCUGCAGAGACAAUAUCACCUGGAGCUGCGAGGGGCGGUCCGAACUUCCACGCUCCGCCCCUUUCUACAAAGCGCAUCUUUCAGGAAGAAACCCAAUACAACUCCAAACUUUGGGACCGACUGUGUCGACCGACAAGGAAGGCUUUGGACUAAAUAAGUGUGUAUGCUGCUUUUGGACGGAAAGAACUAUCACAAUGAUCAUUAAAGAAUUCCGUGUGGUCCUGCCCAUAUCCGUGGAAGAGUACCAGGUGGGUCAGCUGUACGCCGUGGCGGAGGCCAGUAAGAACGAGACGGGCGGGGGCGAGGGCGUGAAGGUGCUGGUCAACGAGCCCUAUGAGAAGGACGGGGAGAAGGGGCAGUACACGCACAAGAUCUACUACCUGCAGAGUAAAGUUCCAAAAUUUCUUCGUGUGAUGGCACCCAAAGGUUCUCUUGAGGUUCACGAGAAGGCCUGGAAUGCCUAUCCAUAUUGUCGAACAAUUCUAACUAAUGAAUACAUGGGUGAGAACUUCUUCAUCAAGAUUGAGACGUGGCACAAGCCCGACAUGGGACAGACGGACAAUGUUCACGGACUAGACCCUGAUGACUGGAAGAAGGCAGAGGUGAUUCACAUCGACAUCGCUGACCGAACUCAAGUAGGACAAAAGGAUUACAAGCCGGAUGAAGAUCCUGCCACCUUCGUAUCAAAGAAGACCAGCCGAGGGCCCCUGGGACCUAACUGGAAGACAGAGCUGAAGAACAAUUUGGCCUGUCCUCACAUGUGUGCUUACAAGCUUGUAACGGUCCAUUUCAAAUGGAGAGUAAUUCAAGGCAAAAUGGAGAAUUUAAUCCAUAAGCAAGAGGCACGUUUGUUUAACAACUUCCACAGGCAGCUGUUCUGCUCGUUGGACCAGUGGGUGGAGCUGUCCAUGGACGACAUCAGGCGCAUGGAGGAGGAGACCCAGAAGGAGCUGGACAAGAUGAGAGCAGAGGGAGAAAUCAAAGGCAUGGUGGACGAUGGAGAAUGACCUGCCCACAAUUGCCCACUCUGACCCAGAAGACCUCAGCUAUCGUCUAGCGAUCUACAUACUUUGCAUCAAACACUUGGGAUUAGCAUCACAGAGGCCCCAGUUUUGUCCAUCCAGUUGAAGUUACUCUCACUUGAAGUCUGACACUACGGCUUAUGCUACAGCUGUAGCAUACUAUUUUCAAAUGGAGUAUGAAGAUUGAUUUAUUUAAUAUGAAGAUUGUAAUGACCUUGGCUGAUGUCAAGCCCUUCCUUACCUGGUUACUGAUAUCACAUUCAACUUGUGUUUUAAUUACGACUAAUGUUAUUUGGGAUUUUUGGUUAUUCUUAUUCUGUAUUUUUCAAUUGUAAGUAGAUGAUUGAGUGCUUUGGGGAAACCGUUUACAGGCAGUCUAACGGAGCGACAUUCAGAUGUGUUUCAGUCUCCGUCGCAAAGCACUCAGUGUUGGUUUCUGUUGGGUUUAAAUGGGCUUCAUAUGUUCAGUAUUGUUUUUAAAGUUGACAAGUGGAUUAGCAAAGGGUUUAACUCCCAAACAGCUAUCAAUUAUUUUAUUUUUAUAUAAUGAGUCCUAGUCAUUGAAUUAAACAGUUGUACAUUUGGGACGAGCAUCAGAGGAAGGUUCUGCUGCAACUAUUCUGAAUCCUGCCUUGUGAGCUUGAACUCGCAAGAAAAUAAAUAUCUCACUGGAUUAAACGGUAUUUAAUUACGUGUUUUUGCUCAUGUGAUUAAAUAAUUGUAUUGGAUCCACCACUAGUGGUAUCAUUUGUUGAACAUACAAAUAAUCACUUCCCUUUAGUCAUUAGUUUAAUCUAUGCUUCUGUCUUUACAGACAAAACAAGUGGGUAAAAUGAAAUAUGAUGAUAUAUAUAAAUAGAAAAUGCGGUGAGUGCUGUAGUACAAAGUGCGGUUGAAAAUAUUUUUUAAUAAAGCCACAUAGAUAAAGACAUAAAGAAAUUUUAAGAGUUCAAAAGACUAAAUGGAGUAAACAAUGUAAACAUGCACACCAUUCAAGUGAAUCUAAAUGGUUGGAAACAAAUAAAGUGACAGCUAAAUGAAAAGCGCAAAACAUUGCUAAAAAUGCAGAAAAUGUAAAAUGAAUUGAACUGAUGCAUCUGAAAGGUCAAAUGUAUUGCCCUUCACUGCUGAAAAAUCGGAAAGGUCAAAUGUAUUGCAGUGCACUGUUGAAAAACCUUGAAACUGAAAUCGAAAACUGACGCUGAAUAACAUUACCUGAAGUAGCAAGUGCUUAAAUACAUUCUUACAAAAUCUGGAAGCUAAACUGUAAUACUGUCAAAGCUGAAAGAUAGUAGUAGUAGUGGUACUAGCUGUAGUAGUAAUGGUAGUAGUUACUGAAGUAGUAGUAGUCGCUGAAGUAGUAGUAGUAGUAGCUGUAGGGUUUGGGUUAGUAAUAGUGGUUACAGGCUGCCAUUCAGACAUGUUGCCAGUCCGACAUGCCGCCAUUUUGACUUGCCCCCAUUCCGACACCUUUUUAGUUCCGCCAUUCCGACAAAUGUGUUCAACCAAAAAGUAGCCAUUUCAGUAUUAUUUAUCUGCAAUUA